GUCAUUAUUUUAAUCCCCCCAAAGACACGAAGCGUCCUUCUGUGCUCUGCUCCCCACCCCUCCUCUGCUCCUCUGAUGCGCUGCUCACUAAUGGCCUUUCACGUUGUGCUGCUCCUGGGUGUCCUGGCUUCUUAUCAUGGAUUCAACUUGGAUGUGGAGGAGCCCAUGGUCUUUCGAGGGGAUGGAGCCAGUUUUGGGCAGAGCGUGGCCCAGUUUGGCAGAUCUAGACUCAUGGUGGCAGCCCCCCUGGAGGUGGUCGCGGUCAACAAAACAGGACAGCUGUACGACUGCGAGGCGGCCAACGGCCUCUGUCAGCCCAUCUCGCUGAAUACGCCCCCAGAGGCCGUGAAUAUGUCCCUGGGCCUGUCCCUGGCGGCCUCCACCAACCUCUCCUCAUUGCUGGCCUGCGGCCCAACCAUUCCCAAAGCCUGUGGGGAGAACAUGUACGCCAAAGGCUCCUGCCUCCUGCUGGACUCCCGCCUGCAGACCCUCGGGACGGUCCCCACCGCCCUGCCAGAUCUCUCCCUCCCUGCAGAGUGUCCCAAACAAGAGAUUGACAUCGCCUUCCUGAUUGAUGGCUCUGGCAGCAUUGACCAAAAUGACUUCAAGCAGAUGAAGAACUUUGUCAGAGCUGUGAUGGACCAGUUCAUGGACACCAGCAUCCUGUUCUCACUGAUGCAAUACUCAAACCUUCUGAAGACCCACUUCACCUUCAGCCAAUUUCAGACCCACCGGAGCCCUCAGAGCCUGGUGGAUCCCAUCGUCCAGCUGAAAGGCCUGACGUACACGGCCACGGGCAUCCAGACAGUGGUGAAAGAACUAUUUCACAGUAAGAAUGGGGCCCGUAGCAGUGCCAAGAAAAUCCUCAUUGUCAUCACAGAUGGGCAGAAGUACAAAGACCCCCUGGAAUACGAGGAUGUCAUCCCCCAGGCAGAGAAGGCCAACGUCAUCCGCUACGCCAUUGGGGUGGGAGAUGCUUUCCAGGAACACAGUGCCAAGCAGGAGCUCAGCAUCAUUGGCUCUUUGCCUUCGAAGGACCACGUAUUCAAGGUAGACAACUUCGCGGCCCUCAGCAGCAUCCAGAAGAAGCUGCAGGAGAAGAUCUUUGCGGUGGAGGGAACACAGUCCAGGACCAGCAGCUCCUUCCAGCACGAGAUGUCACAGGAAGGCUUCAGUUCCGUCCUCACAGCGGACGGACCGGUUCUGGGGGCUGUGGGGAGCUUCAGCUGGUCCGGAGGUGCCUUCCUGUACCCCGCACAUAGGAGCCCCGCCUUCAUCAACAUGUCUCAGGAGGACGUGGACAUGAGGGACUCGUACCUGGGUUACUCGGCGGAGCUGGUCAUCUGGAAAGGGGUACAGAGCCUGGUCCUGGGGGCCCCGCGCCAUCAGCACACCGGGAAGGCGGUCAUCUUCACCCAGGUGUCCAGACAGUGGAAGCCGAAGGCUGCAGUCGCAGGGACCCAGGUCGGCUCCUACUUUGGGGCCUCCCUCUGCUCUGUGGACGUGAACAGAGAUGGCAACUCCGACCUGGUCCUCAUCGGGGCCCCCCAUUACUACGAGCAGACCCGGGGGGGCCAGGUGUCCGUGUGUCCCUUGCCCAGGCGGAGGGCUAAGUGGCGGUGCCGGGUCAUCCUCCGAGGGGAGCAAGGCCACCCCUGGAGCCGCUUUGGGGCAGCCCUGACAGCGCUGGGGGAUGUGAAUGGGGACGGGCUGACGGACGUGGCCAUCGGGGCCCCGGGGGAGCAGGACAACCGGGGUGCUGUCUACCUGUUUCACGGAACCUCGGAGCUGGGCAUCAGCCCCUCCCACAGCCAGCGGGUUGCAGGCUCCCAGCUCUCCCUCAGUCUCCAGUACUUCGGGCGUUCGCUGAGCGGGGGUCAGGACCUCACCCAGGAUGGAUUGGUGGACCUGGCCGUGGGGGCCCAGGGACAUGUGCUCCUGUUCAGGAGCCGGCCGGUGCUAACUGUGGACGUGGCUAUGAGAUUCCUGCCCCUGGAGGUGGCAUCCCAGAACUGGGAACAGCUGCCCAUUGCCCUGAAUGCCACAGUCUGUCUCACCAUCCACAGAAGCUCCAAGGACCAGCUGCGUGAUGUCCAGAGCUCCGUCAGGUACGAUCUGGCCUUGGACCCAGGCCGUCUGAUUUCUCGUGCUGUGUUUGCUGAGACCCAGAACUGGACUCUGACUCAAAGAAAAACCCUGGGGCUGGGAGAGCACUGUGAAACCCUGAAGCUGCUUUUACCAAACUCCGUGGAGGACGUGGUGAACCCCAUUAUACUGCGACUCAACUUCUCCCUGGUGGGGGAGCCCAUCCCCUCAUCGCGGAACCUUCGCCCUGUGCUGGCCGUGGGCUCACAGGACCUCUUCACGGCUUCUCUCCCCUUUGAGAAGAACUGUGGGCAAGAUCACCUGUGUGAAGGGGACCUGAGUGUCAACCUCAGCUUCUCAGGCCUGCAGACCCUGAUGGUGGGGAGCGCCCUGGAGCUCAAUAUGACAGUGACUGUGUGGAAUGAGGGCGAAGAUUCCUACCAAACGGUGAUCAGCUUCUACUAUCCAGCAGGGCUGUCCUAUCGGCGAGUGAUAGGAAUCCAGCAACCCCCGCAGCGUCCCCUGCGCCUGGCAUGUGAGGCGGUGACCAGUGAGAACAAGAGCCUGAGGAGCAGCAGCUGUAGCAUCAACCACCCCAUCUUCCAAGGGGGCGUUAAGGGCACCUUCAUAGUCACAUUUGAUGUCUCCUAUAAGGCCACUCUGGGAGACAGGUUGCUUCUGAGGGCCAAUGUAAGCAGUGAAAAUAAUAAGCCUACAGCCAACAAGACUACCUCCCAGUUGGAGCUCCCAGUGAAAUAUGCUAUCUACACAGUCAUCAGCAGGCAGGAAGAAUCUACAAAAUACUUCAAUUUUUCAGUCUAUGACAAGAAGAGCAAAAAAGCAGCUGAGCAUCGAUACCGUGUGAAUAACCUGAGUCAGCGAAGUCUGGCCAUCAGCGUUCAUUUCCGGGUCCCUGUCCAGCUGAACAGUGUGGCUGUGUGGGACGUGGCCAUGGUGGCCCCUUCACAGAGUCUCCCCUGUGUGUCAGAGAGGGAACCUCCCCGGCAUCCUGACUUCCAGACCCAGAUGCCAGGGACCUCCGUGCUGGACUGCUCCAUGGCCGACUGCCUGAGGUUCCGCUGUGACGUCCCCUCCUUCGGCGUCCAGGAGGAACUUGACUUCAGCCUGCGGGGCAACCUCAGCUUUGACUGGAUCAGCCAGACGGCGCAGAAGAAGGUGCUGGUCGUCAGCGUGGCCGAGAUCGCCUUUGACAGAUCCGUGUAUUCCCAGCUUCCAGGACAGGAGGCGUUCUUGAGAGCCCAGAUGGAGAUGGUGCUGGAAGAGUAUGAGGUCUACAACCCCGUCCCCCUGAUCGUGGGCAGCUCCGUGGGAGGACUGCUGCUGCUGGUUCUCAUCACAGCCCUGCUGUACAAGUGUGGCUUCUUCAAACGCCAGUACAAAGAAAUGAUGGGUGACCAGCCUCAAGACGCUGCCACACUCAGUGGGGAGGAUUUCAGCAGUGAAGCCCCCAAUAAACCUUCGUCCUAAUAAUCCACUUUCCCAUUUAUCUCCACUCCCACGGGCUCAUCCUGGCUUAACCUACAAAUCGACUUCUGUGGGAAUAACGUCGGCAUGAAUCUGGGCUGGCCUAGAGCAGCUCAACCAGGUACUCAGUCAGGUGAAAGAUUUUUACAUUUUUACACAUCUGCAAACAGACUUCUUCAGUGAUGACCUACUUUUUACAGAAGCCAGCACAAUGCCAGCAUGAACUCUCAUUUAUACAGGAAUUGUCCCAUUAAAUGAGGGUGAUUAUAACACGA